CUCUUAGUUUAAUUAAGCUAAACGGGCAGGGCCAUACUGCAGCUCCUGUAACAGCGGAGUUUUCAGAAAUCGUUUUGAUUGUAUGACAAGUGAAACGGAGGCUCUCGGAGGGAAAGCUUUGGACGAUAAAACCGUUUGAGGGAGUUGGAGGUGUUUGUCGCUCGCAGGAUGCUGCCUCGGCGGAUGCUGUGGGGCGCUGUGGUGCGUCAGGUCGCUCCGCGUCUGACCUGCAGCACUGCAGCACAGCCGCAGGUAAAGCAAAAAAAGACCACAUUUGGCCCUCUGAGUGAUGAAGACCGGAUAUUCACCAACUUAUAUGGCCGGCAUAACUGGAGACUCGAGGGCUCACUGAGACGAGGAGACUGGUAUAAGACUAAAGAGAUCCUACUGAAGGGAUCAGACUGGAUCCUAAAUGAGGUAAAAAUCUCCGGGCUUCGAGGCAGAGGAGGAGCUGGCUUCCCCACUGGCAUGAAGUGGAGCUUCAUGAACAAACCCAGCGAUGGCAGGCCAAAGUACCUGGUGGUGAAUGCUGAUGAGGGCGAGCCUGGGACAUGUAAAGACCGUGAGAUAAUGCGUCACGACCCCCAUAAGCUAAUAGAAGGCUGCCUGAUUGCCGGGAAAGCCAUGGGCGCUCGUGCUGCCUACAUCUAUAUCCGAGGAGAAUUUUACAAUGAGUCAUCAAAUCUACAAGUGGCUAUCAAUGAGGCAUACAAAGCAGGGCUGAUAGGCAAGAAUGCCUGUGGCUCUGGGUUUGACUUUGAUGUGUUUGUGAUGCGGGGGGCCGGCGCCUACAUCUGCGGGGAGGAGACGGCUCUCAUCGAGUCUCUUGAGGGCAAACAAGGGAAACCUAGACUCAAGCCGCCAUUCCCUGCAGACAUAGGGGUGUUUGGAUGCCCGACAACAGUUUCCAACGUGGAGACAGUUGCUGUGGCGCCGGCGAUCUGUCGUCGAGGCGGAGCUUGGUUUGCUAGCUUUGGGAGAGAGCGGAACUCUGGGACAAAGCUGUUCAACAUCUCCGGGCACGUGAACACACCAUGCACGGUGGAGGAGGAGAUGUCUAUUCCUCUGAGGGAGCUAAUAGAGAGACACGCAGGGGGAGUCAGGGGCGGAUGGGACAAUCUAUUGGGAGUGAUCCCAGGGGGGUCCUCGACUCCGAUUAUCCCUCGCCAUGUGUGCGACGAUGUUUUGAUGGAUUUCGAUGACCUGGUCCGUGCUGAGACUGCACUGGGAACUGCUGCCAUCAUAGUUUUGGAUAAAUCGACAGAUGUGAUCCGAGCCAUCGCACGUUUGGGAUUCUACAAACAUGAGAGCUGUGGCCAGUGCACCCCCCGCAGAGAGGGAGUCGACUGGAUGGAUAAAAUGAUGUGGAGGUUUGUUCGAGGAGAAGCAGCAGCUUCAGAGAUCGACAUGAUCUGGGAGCUAAGCAAGCAAAUAGAGGGACACACCAUCUGUGCCCUGGGGGACGGAGCUGCAUGGCCUGUGCAGGGACUGAUCCGCCACUUCCGGCCGGUCAUGGAGCGCCGCAUCACUCAGUAUGACAAGAAAAAUCCUCCAAGAGAGCCAGAGAUGGAGAUGAUCUGAAGCGGUGCUGGACUCCAUUAUAGCCUUCAGCCCUUCUUAACAGUAAUAAUAGCUCAUUGUGCAAUAUGA